CAUUGAUAUCUGCGUGAGUGAGAAGAGUAGAGACGAUACAGUAAGCGAACGUUCCGCUUGGUUUCCCUAACAUAACGUCCAAGGGGUGUGCUUACGUUACUGAUCUUAACGCAGCAUGGUAGAGAUGAAUUUGAGUUUUUUGGUUUUGUGAGUUGCACCGUUUGGGUUGCUGGCGGGAGGAGCGGGUGGGCAUGGCGGGCCGAAAGCGGUGACGAUUCGUUUAGUAGACAGUUGACAGUCGCCACGCCACACUGACAUUCUGAUACCACUGAUAACAAUUUUCUAUAGAUGAAUAUUUUUUGCUGACAUUCCCGUAUGGUGGCGUUUGGAUACACGACAUUGAACUCAGUGGAUUUGUUACGAGGAAGUGUUUAUAGUGAAGUGUUGUGAUAGUUAAAAUGACUGUAAAGAAGUUGUGUUGACUGUACGUCAGUGUAAAACUGAAAUUAAAUUGAAAAAUAUAAUGACGCUGCUGUUGGAAGUAAACAAAAUAGCUUCAGGAAGCAGUUAUAUCAAUUCCAAUGCGUAAACGAAAAUGUUAACGCAUGAGGCCAAACGGAAGGCAGAGUCGUCACGUAAAUGAUCGUGCAUUGGUUGUUACGCGUCACCGGCACCGGCAGCGAUGCAAGAGAUAUGCAACACCGCGCUGCCGCUGGACAGUAACCCGCUCGUGCGUAAGAUAAAAUGCGAAGAGUUCCCCGCCAUCAGAGGGAAGCAGCCUGUCAGAGGCAUGGGGGUACGCGAUGAGAUGGAGGAGGAGUUCGCCGUGAAGAGCAGGAGUACGCCGCCCAUGGGGCCCGCACCCGACCGCAUGGAGCACGGCGGCAACGGCUUCUGGCUGGCUGCCGUCACCGCCGCCGGCGCGCCGCACCCUAUGCUCGAGACCUGCACGGAGACCGGCUUCAUCAACAGCCAGCCGUCCAUGGCCGAGUUCAUGACCGCGCUGCCGCAGCUCGGCGGCGGCGAGCUGAGCCCACAACACACGCCGCCCGGCUACGCGCCCGACCUUCCCUCCCCGGGCGGCGGCCUCAACGUCCCCGAAUACCCUUGGAUGAAAGAGAAAAAAACCACGAGGAAAAACAGCCAGCAAGAGAAUGGUCUGCCACGAAGAUUGCGGACAGCCUACACAAACACGCAACUUCUGGAGUUGGAGAAGGAGUUCCAUUUUAACAAGUAUUUGUGUCGUCCGAGACGAAUCGAGAUCGCGGCCUCCUUAGACCUCACCGAAAGACAGGUAAAAGUUUGGUUCCAAAACCGACGCAUGAAACACAAGAGACAAACGCUAACUAAAAGCGAAGACGGUGACGACAAAGACUCGACCACAUCCGAAGGUGGCAAGAGCUCCAAAAUGGGACUGGAUAAAUUCCUUGAUGACGACGGACCCCUGUCGGGGAAGAAGAGCUGUCAGGGGUGCGAACUACCACCUGGGGCGCUAUGCUCGCCUGUAGAAGAUCUGCCGGAGCUGGCCUCUCGUACACGCAACAACAACACGCCCAGCGCUACCAACAAUAACAGUUUUGCGAGUGACGGUGCUUCCAGCGUCGCUUCCUCCUCUUCGCUCGAUAAGCUAGCAGAGGACGACUCACGUGACGCUCAUCCGCCGGGCGCAUCCGUCGUCGCACCUCCUCGAAGCCUAGCCAAAAGAAUCAAACAAGAAUCAAGGAAACGCUCACCGUCACUAGACGCCACGGCUUGCAAAAUCUCUCCGUCGUCUUCAAAGGACGGCCUCGGCUCAGUCGGACUACCGGAUGGCGCUAAAUACUCGUCAGUCAGCCUCACACCUUCCUCGACCCCGGGCACACCGUCUAGCAUGCACCAGAGUCCUCUCGGCCACUACCCGAGACCGUCGCCCCCGAACGCGCCUCCCGGUCCGCCUCAUCCUCAAGCAGUACCCAAUGCCAUACCAUCAUACGUCAUAAGGGGCAACGCACCCCCGGGACAAUUUGUGCCUCACCCCGACUUCCGCAUGGAUUCAAAACAAUUUGUAGGGAAAAUAAGCCCGUAUCCUCAGGGUAAUAGAAACUACGACAAUUACGGAGCAGCGGUGCAUGCCGAGCAGCACGCGUACGCACGGAACCAGCAACACGCUAGACAGGAGACUUCCUCAUCUGGAAGACCCGUUAACGGUAUCGCGUCCCGGCAAGCGUACCCUCACGAAAUGUAUCAAAACUAUGGAUACCCAGCGGCGUACGGAAAGGAUCAAGUCGGAUACGGACACCCGGGAUACGAUCAGGCCCAAGGCUACCCAGCUGAGGCCAUGGCUUAUGCUAAUAGCCAUUACGGGUACCAUUACCACGAGGGCUCACAACACGAGCACGCGCACGGUUAUUAUGGAAGUGAGGCACAAAAGAAUUCACAUGGAAAUGAGUACGCCAAAGGCGGGUACUACGAGGCAAGCGGUGUGUAUGCUGGGCAGCAGCCAUCAGCAGCUGGCGGAGCCGGGGCUCAGUUUAGCGCGGGCGGUGCGGGCGGCGAGGGGUACGCAGGGGAGUGCGGUGAGGGAUACGGGUCCUUCCAGCAGUUCUAUGAGGCGACGCACGCGGCGCCAGCCGGCGCCGGCGACAACUCCAACUCAUCCUCGGACUUCCAUUUCCUGAGCAACCUCGCCAACGACUUUGCCCCGGAGUACUACACUAUAUGAGACAAGGACUUCGCCGAGCAGGCGAGUGAUCUGUUCGUGUAACCACACGUAGUACCCUAUGGCUAUGGGCCGUAGCGAUGGGGCGCCAAUCGUUUCCUCUUAUUCAUACGCCUCAAGUACCUAUGUAGGUAGUACAUACAAGAGGUAAUUACAGUAAUCGCCCCAGCUCUCGCUGCGUGACCUAUAGCGAACGGCAAUUAUUAUAAUGUACAAUAAAAGGCUUAUAAUUAAGGGAUAUGGUGUCUACAUACAUAGACCGACGUGUAGAAUCGCCUAAGGCAGUGGUUAAUAUUUUAAGGCUUAAGGUAACGUUAAUGUAAUAAAGUGUACAUACCUAGUGAACUAGUACUUUAUAUUUUAGGAGUUUAAAUACCUUGUAAUACAUAUAUUUUUAACGUAUAAUAUUUCGUAAUUUAGGUGCUGAUAUCAGUCGAUAUUUGGGAUAUAAAUAAUCUUGGUAGAUAAUCGAUCACUGCAUACAAAACGUAUUUGGAGUUAAGCUGGAGUUAACUUUGUACGCUAAAGCGCGCUGCACACUUGUGGGAAUAUCUGGAAACUAAACAGUACACCGUUUACUUGAGACGUCGCGGUGGAGGACAGUGACGCGUACAGUCAACCAAUUUGAUUCCUAGCCCACUAUAAAACCAUGUCAUAAUCAAUAAUAAUGAAUCAAUUUGUUUAUUUUCUAGAAUCAAAUUGAUAGAUGGUACAACAUGCGACUUUAGGUAUUCUGUUCAACUGACGUCGCUCACCGCUGAGGAUCGUAGAUAGUAUCGAUCGACGGAAUAACAGGCUAUAAUAGGCUUCUCCAUUUGUUGCAGUUUUCAGAUUAAGCCUUGUGGCAUAAUAUAAACGUAACGGCGUUAACACUGAGAUAAAUGAGUAGCAAGGCUUCAUGUGAUGUUACCACAAAUGUGCAUCGGGCGCAAUUAAUAAUAUUUAUAAUAUAUACAUUAUUAAAUUAUUUCUGAUGUAUAAAUACGCUAGGACUUACGUUUACCUACAUUUAUGUGCCAGAUCAUUUCCCGGUAGUACCUUUCAGCAUUAGAUAUCUGCAGCUUCCCUAACUACUGUAAACAUUGCAUUGUUCAUAAAUUCAUAAAUGAAAUUGAUAUCAAUGUACAGUUGUCAUUACGGUAAUAUAAUUAAAUCUAUCUUGUAUCCAACACAACACGUGUUCAUGGUAAGAAACAGUUAUUUAAAUUAAAAUUUGAUUUUACAUUACUAUUAUUAGAAAAUUGUUUACAAUUCUAAGGAAUAGUCGUUGCCUUAUUUAGGUAAUAUUGUUUUGUGGGUAUAAGACAUUGUAGAUACGUAUAAGAUAGUUUACAGUAAGUCAUUAUAUUGUAGAUAUCAGCGCUAUCAUUUUUGCCUAUUAAAAAAAUAAAUCAUUUGGUGUCACAACGUU